UACUUUUUUGUUUCUCAGAUGGAUCCCAAUAGAAUAUCAGAAGAUGACACUCACUGCAUUAAUAGAAUUUUCAAACUCCACGAAAACACAGAUUUGCAAGACACAAGUCUGGAGAGUCAAGACACAAAAUUAAUACCUGAUUCGUGUAAGAGAAUUAAACAGGCCUUUCAAGCAGCUGUGGGAAAGGAGUUACAGCAUAUUGUUAGAUCUCAACACAUCAGAGCCGAAAAACCUGUGGCGGAAGGUCCGUGGUUAGAGCUGGCCAGGAGGAGCAAGCCUGAAGCUCAGCCCUAUGCUCAUCUCACGAUCAACGCCACUGACAUCCCAUCCGGUUCCCACAAAGUGAGUCUGUCCUCCUGGUACCAUGACCGAGGUUGGGCCAAGAUCUCCAACAUGACUUUCAGCAAUGGAAAACUAAUAGUCAACCAAGACGGCUUUUAUUACCUGUACGCCAACAUUUGCUUUCGCCAUCAUGAAACUUUGGGAGACCUCGAUACAGAGUAUCUUCAGCUGAUGGUGUAUGUCACUAAAACCAGCAUCAAAAUCCCAAGUUCUCACACCCUGAUGAAAGGAGGGAGCACCAAAUACUGGUCAGGGAGUUCUGAAUUCCACUUUUACUCCAUAAACGUUGGAGGAUUUUUUAAGUUACGGUCUGGUGAGGAAAUAAGCAUCGAGGUGUCCAACCCUUCACUACUGGAUCCAGAUCAAGAUGCAACGUACUUUGGGGCUUUUAAAGUUCGAGAUAUAGAUUGAGCCCCAUUUUGUGGAGCAUCAGUGUGUAUUUCCUAGGAUGUAUGGAAACUUGUCUUUUAAACAAGCCGAGAGAGAUGUAUAUAGGUGUGAGACUACUAGGAGGUAUGACCCACGAGGCAUAAGAGGCCUCUAUCCAAACUUUUGGCUCUGGAGAGAGCAUGUGUAUUUACAGCCAAAGGGAGAUGUUGGACUCAAGGUGUGUUACAGCCUGAAGGCUUUCUUACACAAUGGUUUUUAAAUUUUGUAAUGAAUUCCUAGAAUCAAACCAGAUUGGAGCAAUUAUGGUCGCCUCUUUGGAAAACUGCAUUUGUGCCCCGGGUGGGGUUAAUUCUCUGGAUCUAGCCCUUGGUUAUGUAGCACUAUGCGGCCGAAGUAGAGAGGGUGUUAUCUAAUUGCAAAUGGAUGACCAUCUGAAGGGUUACGUUCUUUUGAAUUAUUACAUCAUGCUGGAACCUGCAAAUAAAUACUUUUUUUCUAAUGAGGAGAGAAAAUAUAUGUAUUUUUAUAUAAUAUCUAAAGUUAUAUUUCAGAUGUAAUGUUUUCUGUGCAAAGUAUUGUAAAUUAUAUUUGUGCUAUAGUAUUUGAUUCAUAAUAUUUAAAAAUGUCUUACUGUUGAUAUAUUUAAUGUUUUAAAUGUACAGACAUAUUUAACUGGUGCACUUUGUAAAUUCCCUGGGAAAAACUUGUAGCUAAGGGAAAAAAUGUUGUUUGUUAAUAUCAACUGUACUAUAUUUCUUCAUUCUUUUUAACUUAAUAGAUUUUUCAGACUUGUCAAGUCUGUGCAAAAAAAAUAAAAUAAAAUAAAAUGGAUGCCUUGAAUAAUAAGCAGAAUGUUGGCCACCAGGUGCCUUUCAAAUUUAGAAGCUAAUUGACUUUAGAAAGCUGACAUCGUCAAAAGGAUACGUAAUGGGCGACUGGAAUCUGUCAAGAGUAUUUAUAGAAUUAUCGAACAGGUGUUUUUUCUACAAGUACUACAAAUUGUAAAUUUUGUUUUUAUUUUAAAUGGAAAAGUUAUCAGUGGCUUAUCUGCAAGAGAAUACCAUUUUUAAUUGAAUGGAAGUUAUUUUAUACUGUACAAUAAAAACAUUGCCUUUGAAUGUUAAUUUUUUGGUACAAAAAUAAAUUUAUAAGAAAAUCUG